AUGAACCAAAGAGUAGGACUAAGGCGUGCAACCGAAGAAGAUGAGCAUGUAGUUGUGGGGGGUGAGCAAGGCGGGUUGGUGAUCCAUUCGUCAAGGGUGUUCGGUGGGGACGAGGCAGGCGAUCUCCCAUCGCCAGUCUGGCAUCUCACAAAAGAACACCAUAAUGACCCGCCAGGGCACGUUGACGAUGAAGGUGACGUGGUUAUGGAUUUGGAAGGAAUCCCGGGGUUAGGUGAUGAUUGUUUGAUAUGGAAUUACCAAGGGGCGAGCGGAAGGCCGUUCCGCCGUGCCCUUAAGCACUUAUUACAGGUCUACAAGCCCAAUAUCCUGGGUCUUUUUGAACCAAAAGUUUCUGGAGAUCAGGCUAACAAAAUCUGCUCACAGCUCGGGUUUUCGGAAUGGAUCCGAGUGGAGGCCGUUGGCUUUAGUGGGGGUAUUUGGGUUCUUUGGAAGGACCCGGUGCACAUCUCUGUCCUUUUCACUCAUCCGCAGUUUAUUUUGGUGCAGGUUUCUCAAAGCGGGCAACCACCAUGGGUGUUUGCGGCAGUUUAUGGAAGCCCGACCCACCACCUCCGGUGCAGACUCUGGCGGGACCUAUCUCAGUCCAAACGCGGCCCACAAGGCCCUUGGCUAGUGGCCGGGGACUUCAACUCAGUCAUCAACAAGGAAGAAACGACUAACUAUAGUUCGUUCUCUACCCAAAGGAGCUCGGAUUUUGUCAACUGGAUCCAAGAUGAAGGUCUCAUUGACUUGGGAUUUUCGGGGCCCAGGUUGACGUGGGUCAAGAAUGGACCGACGGGUGCUACAAAGGGGGCUCGGCUUGACCAGACCUUGUGUAAUAUUGACUGGCGAGUUAGGUUCCCGUAUGCUGAAGUGGAGCAUUUGCCUAGGGUUGCUUCGGACCAUGCCCCGCUCUUGCUUCGGCUACACGGGAGCCGAAGGGGCAAUCCCACUAACCUUUUCCAUUUUCAUUUUCAGGCUGCUUGGCUUACUCACCAGGACUUGACGAAGGUUGUUCAGAGGAUGCGAAACACGGAUCGGGAUUUGGCCGACAACGUUCAAAGGGUUGCACAUGGCCUUUCUGACUGGAAUAAAGAGGUGUUUGGGAAUAUCUUCAAAGAGAAGAAAGUUUUGCUUUCCAGGCUUGGAGGAAUCCAACGGAUUCUUGCUAAUAAGUAUCAUAGAGGUCUAUAUAAGCUCGAACAGAAGCUACAAGUUGAGCUGGAGGAAACCUUGUAUCAAGAGGAGCUGUUAUGGUUCCAAAGAUCAAGGGAAGAUUGGAUAACGUCGGGGGACAGAAACACCGCUUAUUAUCACGCGGCUGCAACUGUCCGUCAGUCACGCACAAAGGUAAUAAAGUUGAUAGACGAGAAUGGGAACUGGCUCACUAAGGGCGAAGGGCUACGAGAACAUGUUAGGAACUUUUAUGAUGCUCUGUUCACCGAAGACACGGAGGUGACAAGUGUGCUCGAUAUUGAAGCACGUUUCCCUAGGAUUAGGCGCAUAGACAGACGGGUGUUUAAUAGGGAGGUCACAAAAGAGGAAGUGCAGAAGGCUGUCUUUGACAUGAAACCGUUCAAAGCCCCGGGCCCGGAUGGCUUACCGGCGGGCUUCUAUCAGCAUACGUGGGAAGUAACGGGAGAUAGCAUUUUCAAUUUGGUCCGAAGUGUUUUCAAAUCUGGUGAGAUCCUGGAAGGUUUGAAUGAUACGCUCGUCGCGCUAAUUCCAAAAGUCCGGUCCCCCGACACGAUUAAACAGUUUCGGCCUAUUAGCCUUUGCAAUGUUAUAGGACCGCACCAAAGUUCCUUCGUCCCAGAAAGACAGAUUACGGACAACGUGAUUGUGUACCAGGAAGUUAUGCACACCAUGCGGGAGGCUCGUGGAAAGCAAAGAUACAUGGCCAUUAAACUGGACCUGAAAAAAGCCUACGACAGGCUGUCGUGGGAUUUCAUCAAGGACACUAUGGUACAGGCAGGUUUUAAUGAUAGUUGGGUUAAAAUUAUUAUGUCUUGCGUUUCAACUUCCAGGUUAGCAAUCAUUUGGAAUGGGGAAAGACUAGAAUAUUUCAGGCCCGAACGAGGUAUUCGUCAGGGAGACGCCAUGUCCCCAGCUAUCUUCGUCUUGUGUAUGGAACGGCUCAGUCAUUUAAUCCUGUCCGAGGUCACUAAAAGGAAUUGGAAAGGAAUCAAAUUGGCUCCAGACGGGCCAAUCUUGUCUCAUUUAUGCUUCGCCGAUGAUAUGGUACUUUUCACCAAGGCAUCGGUGGCUCAGGUGGAUAUUGUGCAAAGCUGUCUGGAUUCCUUUUGUAAGGUCUCUGGGCAGAAAAUCAGUCUCAGUAAGUCACGGGUCCACUUUUCAAGAAACACGACCCCAGAAGUGGCUACAGUGAUUGCGGGCAAGUUGGGUAUAGCUACAACAACAGACUUGGGAAGGUACUUAGGAGUGCCAUCCAUCCAUGGCCGGGUGACUUGCAAUACUUAUGCUGGCCUUUUGGAGCGCAUUGCGCAUAGGUUGGAAGGGUGGAAGGCCAAAACUCUGUCGCUUGCCGGGAGAGUCACAUUAGCGAAAUCUGUUCUGAACGCUAUCCCGUGGUGCCUCACUGGAGGGUAUGUGGAGAUUGUUAUGGAGUCCACGAUAGGGGACCUGGGAUGCUAUCUUGAUGUUUCGAUCCGGCCGCCUUGGGCGUUAGAUGAGGUUGUAUCCCGCCUCCGUUUCCUGUGUUCAUGUGGGUCUGUAUCUUCCACUUUGUGCCCAUCUAGGGCUAACUUGCCAACACAGGCCCUAGCUGACUGGGUUGUUGCCGAGCCAGGGGAGACUCGUUUUUCAUGUUUAGUUGAGCUUCCAUCCAGGGUGCGUGUUAUGCUGGCUAAUGAUGAUGUGCCCUAUGUUUUCUUUGACGUAGAAGACCCACCCUGA